AUGGCGACAACAUUGACGGGCGGGAACCCGCACGUUAUCCAGCUCCCUACGACACCCUCCAGCUCCCCCUCCGAGCCACAUGCCAUCGCCCAACAAUGGCUUACAAACCUUCAAAUCCAACUGGCUCACGCCGAUAGCAUUGAUUUGGGAAAUCUAUUCCACCAAGAGUCAUGGUGGCGCGACAUGCUCGCCCUGGAUUGGGAUAUGCGUACCCUUCACACGUUGACCGAGAUCCAAGACUUCCUCCGCAAGCGCCAGGGUGCCUCUGCGCUAUCGAACUUCCGGCUUCAGGAUAAGGGGAAAUUCACGCCUAAAUGGGAUCAGGUUGUGAAAGGCCUUAGCUGGGUUUCGAGUAUGUUUUUCUUUGAAACGGCUGCCGGUACCGGAACGGGCAUGCUACGCUUGACACAGGCCGCCGAUGGUCGCUGGAAGGCAUAUGCCAUUUACACCUCACUCCAGGCGCUGAAGGGAGUAGAGGAACCUCUGGGAAAAAGGCGGCCGGAGGGCACAACCGAGUCUAUGCCCGGCGGAUUGGCCUGCGGAACUUGGAUUGAGCGGAGAGAGCGACAGAAGGAAUUCUCGGAUGCGGAGCCUACCGUUCUGGUUGUUGGAGCUGGCCAAGCUGGCUUGAACAUGGGCGCCCGUCUUCAAAACCUUGGACUGUCUUGCCUGAUUGUGGACAAGCACGAGCGGGUUGGCGAUAACUGGCGCAAGCGUUACCGGACUCUGGUUACUCACGAUCCCGCUGAGUUCACCCACAUGGCUUACCUUCCCUUCCCUCAGAACUGGCCGCAGUUCACUCCUAAAGAUAAGCUAGGUGAUUGGUUCGAAGCUUACGCAAACAUUAUGGAAUUGAAUGUCUGGACAAGAACUUCUGUCGCCUCGGCCGAAUACAGUGAUGCCACUGGCCAAUGGAAUGUUGCCGUAACUCGCGGCAACGGUUCUCAGCGCACAUUGCGUCCCCGCCAUGUUGUGUGGUGCACUGGACACUCGGGCGAGCCUCGAAUUCCGACCUUCCCUGGCCAGAGCUCUUUUCAGGGUACCGUCUAUCACGGAAGCCAACAUCGUGACGCAGCCGAGUUGAACGCUCGUGGUAAGAAAGUGGUCGUUGUGGGGACCGGUAACAGUGGCCAUGAUAUAGCUCAGAAUUACUAUGAGAAUGGUGCAGAGGUCACUAUGCUGCAGCGCAGCGGUACCUAUGUCAUCACAGCCGACAAGGGUGUUUUCAUGAUGCACGAAGGAUUGCAUGAGGAUGACGGUCCCCCAACUGAAGAAUGCGAUAUUGUCUCAGAGAGCCUGCCAUUCCCUGUUCAGUUCGCCUUGGCCGUGCAUGGAACCAAGCGCUUUGCGGAGGCCGAAAAAGAGACCCUGGAUGGUCUGCGCCGUGCUGGUUUCCAACUUGACUUUGGUCAAGAUGGCGCCGGUAUCGCCCGUGCUUACUAUACCGCUGGCGGAGGAUAUUACAUUGACGUGGGAUGUAGCAAGCUUAUUGCCGACGACAAGAUCAAGGUCAAGCAUAGCCCACGCGGUAUCGAUGGAUUCGGUUUGCGUGAGUUGAAGCUGGCUGAUGGAAGUUUGCUUCCUGCUGAUAUUGUUGUCUUGGCCACUGGAUAUGAUAAUAUGCGGACGACUGUUCGGAAGGUGCUGGGUGACAAGGUCGCAGACCGGUGCUCCGAUGUAUGGGACUUGGACAACGAGGGAGAGCUUCGUGCGAUGUGGCGUCCCAGCGGCCAUCCUGGUUUCUGGUACUUUGGUGGAAACCUGGCGCUUUGCCGAAUCUACUCCAAGUUCCUGGCACUUCAAAUCAAAGCGGUUGAGACUGGACUGUCGAAGGGCACUCGCCAUCAGGAGAGAGCCACUAAGAUUUGA